AUGAUGUUUUUACAGUUAUUUAUAUUCAUUUCAACAAUUUUUGCAUCCUCAAUAGAAUAUUCAAUUAAAAGUCAAAUAUCAAAUUGUGAUGCUCAAUCAUGUCAAGAUGCUGCCGAUCUUUCAGAAAGUUGUACUGAUGAUACAGUUCUAACUUGUAUUUGUGGAUUAAAUGAUGAAUUUUGGCAAAAAUUUUAUCAAUGUGCAAAAGAUUGUAACACUCCUCAUGUUAAUGAAUUUACAGAACAAUCAUUAAAACAAAAUUAUUGUAAAGCAAUUGGAGAUUAUUAUGGAACUACUUUUACAUCAACAACACCAGAAACAUCUGCUAAUGCUUUCGCUGCUUCAGGUACAGAAACUCUAACAUCUUCAUCAAGAUCUAGCAGCUCCAGCACUGGAAGUAAAAGCUCUCUGGAUUCAAAUGCUGCUUUAUCAAUUUUUGGUUCAAAUUCAUUAUGGUCUUUAAUCAUUUUUUCAUUAUUAUAA